CUGAACAUCUUGAAUACUUUGUUACAUAAUCGGCUAUAGGGGCCGGGCCGCAGCAAGCAGCAAGCCAAACAGUGUUGGCUUCUGAGCUUCGCGCUAGUCGCAACACCAUAUGUUCGCUUGACGGUCGUUGCUGAAUUGGACCUGAGCGUAUAACUUAGCGACCCACAACUAUCAGGGAUAAAUGCAAAGCGGUGUUCUGGGGCGUUGCCCAGCGGGUGCUUCGCGUCCUGUCCAGCGUGAGGAGCCGAUGCGCCCAGUUGCCGCAAUAAACGCACGUCGCUGCGGAAUGCUCGCUUCUCGGCUUCUGGGGGCGAACGCGGGCUCGUGGCUGCAAUGCAAGGCUGCGGCAACGAGUGGUCGCCGGGGGCUUGCACCUGCCCUGAAAGCUGCUGCCGUUCAGGAGGUCGGCACAGUGGCUGGUGCCAGCACCCGGCCGGAGCUGCCGAAGAACUUCGAGCUGGGCGCGGAGGAGCGGUUGUACAAGUGGUGGGAGUCGCAGGGCUACUUCAAGCCCGAUCCCGCAGCCACCGGCGAGCCCUUCACAAUCCCCAUGCCGCCCCCCAACGUGACCGGCAAGCUGCACAUGGGACACGCCAUGUUCGCCACACUGCAGGACAUUAUGACCCGCUAUGCGCGCAUGAACGGGCGGCCCGCGCUGUGGCUGCCCGGCACGGACCACGCCGGCAUCGCCACGCAGAGCGUUGUGGAGAAGAUGCUGCACAAGGAGGGCGCCAGCAGACUGGGGCUGGGGCGGGAGGCGUUCACGGAGCGCGUGUGGCAGUGGAAGGAGGAGUACGGCGGCUUCAUCACCAACCAGCUGCGGCGGCUGGGCGCCUCGUGCGACUGGAGCCGGGAGCGCUUCACACUGGACGAGGGGCUCAGCGCGGCGGUGGCUGAGGCGUUUGUGCGGCUGCACGAAAAGGGUCUCAUCUACCGCGGCCAGUACAUGGUCAACUGGAGCCCGGGGCUGCGCACCGCGGUGAGCGACCUGGAGGUGGAGUACACGGAGGAGCAGGGCACCCUCUACUACUUCCGCUACCCUGUGGCCGGCACCGACGGCUCCGAGUUCCUGCCCGUGGCCACCACCCGCCCCGAGACCAUCCUGGGCGACACGGCGGUGGCGGUGCACCCCGAGGACGAGCGCUACAAGCACCUGAUCGGCCGCGAGUGCGAGGUGCCCAUGAGCGGCGGCCGGCGCAUCCCCAUCAUUGGGGACGAGUACGUGGACCGGGAGUUUGGAACCGGCGCGCUCAAGAUCACGCCGGGCCACGACAUUAACGACUACGAGAUCGGCAAGCGCCGCGGCCUGCCCAUCAUCAACAUCAUGAACAAGGACGCCACGCUCAACGCCGCAGCGGGCAAGUACGCGGGCCAGGAGCGCUUCAAGGCGCGCAAGGCGCUGUGGGCGGACAUGGAGGCGGCGGGCCUGGUCAUCAAGAAGGAGGCACACACCAGCCGCAUCCCGCGCUGCCAGCGCUCGGGCGGUGUGGUGGAGCCGCUGGUGUCGGAGCAGUGGUUUGUGCGCAUGCAGCCGCUGGCGGAGCCGGCUCUGGCGGCGGUGGCUAAGGGCGACAUCACCAUCAUGCCGGAGCGCUUCGCCAAGACCUACAACAACUGGCUGGAGAACAUCAAGGACUGGUGCAUCUCCCGUCAGCUGUGGUGGGGCCACCGCAUCCCGGUCUGGUACGUGUUCCCCAGCGCCGAGGCCGCCGCCGCCUCGCUGGAGGGCCGCUCCGAGCACUACGUGGUGGCCCGCAGUGCGGAGGAGGCGCAGCGCCUGGCGGAGGCCAAGCACGGGGCGGGCGUGGUGCUGAAGCAGGAGGAGGACGUGCUGGACACCUGGUUCAGCAGCGGGCUGUGGCCCUUCUCCACCCUGGGCUGGCCCAACACACAGGCGCCCGACUUCCAGAAGUUCUACCCCACCCAGGUGCUGGAGACGGGUCACGACAUUCUGUUCUUCUGGGUGGCGCGCAUGAUCAUGAUGGGCAUUGAGUUCACGGGCAAGGCGCCCUUCAACACCGUCUACCUGCACGGACUGGUUCGUGACGAGAAGGGCCGCAAGAUGUCCAAGUCGUUGGGCAACGUGAUUGACCCUCUCGACACCAUCGGGCAGUACGGCACGGACGCACUGCGCUUCACGCUCGCCACCGGCACGGCUGUGGGCCAGGAUCUGAACCUGUCCUCGGAGCGCGUCACGGCCGCCCGCAACUUCACCAACAAGCUCUGGAACGCGGGCAAGUUCGUGCUGUUCAACCUGGCCCAGGUGUCUGAGGCCGAGUGGGAGUCGCUGCGCGGUGUGUCGCUCAGCUCGCCCGCCGACCUGCAGCGCCUGCCGCUCACCGAGCGCUGGAUCAUCAGCCUGCUGCACAAGACGGUUGACGAGGUGAGCGAGCGGUACGACAAGUACGACUACAACACGGCCGGCAUCGCUGCCUACAACUUCCUGUGGGACGAGUUUGCGGACUGGGCCAUCGAGGCGUCGAAGACGCGCACGUACGGCGGGGACGCGGCGGCUCAGGCCGCCAGCCGUGCCACGCUGGUGUAUGUGUUCGAGAGCGUGCUGCGGCUGCUGCACCCCUUCAUGCCCUUCGUCACGGAGGAGCUGUGGCAGGCCAUCCCGCACAAGGGCGACGCCCUCAUCGUGGCGCCCUGGCCCGCCCGCAGCUGCCCCGUGGACGAGUCCGCACUGGCGCACUUCGAGGUGCUCAAGGGCUGUGUGCGCUCGCUACGCAACGCCCGCGCCGAGUACAACGUGGAGCCGGGGCGCAAGAUCGGCGCCACCCUGGUGGUGGAGGACGAGGCCACGCGCAAGUCCAUUGAGUCCGAGCUGCCGGUGGUGUGCCUGCUCGCCAAGCUGGACCCCGUGGCCGUGCGCCUGGUGGGCAGCGCGGCGGAGGCGGGGCUGGACGCGGCGGCGGCCGGCAGCGCCGUGAGCCUGGUGGUCAAGGACGGCGUGCAGGUGCUGCUGCCGCUGGCUGGUCUGUUUGAUGUGGCCAAGGAGCUGGCUCGCCUGGGCAAGCAGAAGGCCAAGCUGGACAAGGAGCUGGGCGGCAUCAGCGGCAAGCUCAACAACCCCGCCUUCAUGUCCAAGGCCUCGCCCGAGUACGUGGAGGAGGCGCGGGCUCAGGAGCGGGAGGUGCGCGAGAAGCUGACGCUGGUGGAGCAGAAGAUCGCGCAGGUGACGGCGCUGCAGGCUGCCGGGAGCAAGUAGAAUGGAAGCGCGAGGAGCAAUGGAGCGAGGCGACAGGUGGACAGGGUUGGUGGAUACACGGUCCACUGCGAGUAGAGUGUGCGUGCUUGCGCGAUGUGUGUGAGGUGUGCAGACAGAGCAGUGCACGGAUGAGGGGCCCAACGACUGCGUGUGCCGGUUAACUGGCAGUUUUGGACGCAUGGUGCAGGCUGGAUGCGGGCAAUGAUGCUGAAGGGGAAGGAACGGAGAAGACACAGGCAGUUGCGAAGCAUACCAACAGCAGAGGGAGUCGGCCACGUUUUGGCCUCUAGAUAUACUCUCUCUGAUCUGGCGUGCGCUCGCAGGCAGAGUCUGCAACGACCAUGCAGAUAAGGACACACAACACGCAAGGUGCAACAAUUUAAGCACGUCAAGCAAUCCAAUCGAAAUGCAGUGUGCAGCAACAGGAGGGGUCGCCAAGUACCCCGCCCAGGAUGGCCCGAUGUCUGUAAGCAUUUCUCGAG